AUGGCGCCCUUCAAAUCCAUCUUCCAGCCCUCCGCAGCAGCGCCCAAAAGCCUCGUUUUUCAACAAAGCGCAGGCGUGUAUCUCCGUGACCAGUUUCCGCUGUCAACAUGGCUCCUCCUCGGUGCCUCUCUGCAAGCCCUAAUUUCAAUCCUUCUCCCAAAGACGGCAAUCUACCUGUCUACCUGCCUAUUCGCGAUACUGGCCUACUACUUGGCAAACACCAUGUUGCAAGUGUACGGCGUCAUUCCCAAUCCCGAAAUGGCCAGAGUUAUCCCCGGCAAGGCCAGCGUACAGCUGCCUGAUCUGCAUGGCAAUAUGCCGUCGACGGAGCCGACCAAAGAGAGUGUCGUUGUGAUGUUUCUUAGUUCCAAAUCAAACCACCCGCUACGGAUGCUAGCCCCAGGUUUCAAAGAGGUCGGUGAUUAUUUCCAAGACAUGAUGCAGUCGCUCGAUAACCCUGAGGGCCGUGAGAAAUAUGGCUUCCUCGGAAUGAGCUCGUACCUAGGCAGCCAGUCCGCAUCUUCCAACGAGUUAUUGUCCAUCAGCUACUGGCGCAACAUCGAGGGAAUCCAUGCCUUUGCUGAGAGCCCCGUCCACCGAGUGGCCUGGGAUUACUGGAACCAAACAGUCAAGAAGCAUCCGUAUCUCCUUAUUAGCCAUGAGAUUUACAGGGCCGAGGGAACUCAGCAUGAGAAUAUAUAUAUUAAUGCGCCGCCUACUUUGAUUGGUGGUACCGCAUUCCCAGUUAAAACAAAACAAGAGCAGGAGUGGCUGAAUCCCCUCGUUGAAGCCAACAAGGGUGUUUUGGCGACGAGUAAUGGAAGAUUGGGACGUCGACCUGCCCAUAAAUGA